AUGACUUCUAGCUUCUUCUGUAUUCUUCUCACUGUUUCUUGUUUAGUCGCCUUGGUUUCGAUUUCUGAAGCAUGCUUCGCUUCUGGAAUCUGUGGAGGAGGAUGCCCUCCACCACCACCACCAAUGUGCUCGGGAGGAUGUGGUGGUGGAUAUUCAUGUGGAUCUUAUGGAUGCUAUAGAGCCAGAGCCAGAGGAUCCAAAACUCUCUCUUUCAAGAAGAAGAGCGAAAUGACACCAGAUGAGCGUUUCAUGAGAUGCUGUGAGGAGCGUAACCUUCCAGACUCCUGCCUCUCAAAGUGCUCGUACCGUUCUUACACCAAAUCAGCUCUCCAAGCCAUGUACUUCAAACAGGACUCUUGCCCGAUGCAAGCUGCUGCUGAUAUUCAAUACUGUGCUGCUCAAGGAGAAGAUCAUACCGCAUGUUGUGAAAGAAACGCCGUCGGAACUACUUUGGCUGGACAGAAGUGCUUCACAUUCUGUGAUCAACGUCCUGGUAACGUGACUCAACUUGACAUGAGCUACUUGGCAUGCUACGAUCGUUUUGAAAACAUGAAGGCUUGUUUCUACCAGAAGGCUGCCGAAUCCGCUGAAGUCUCUUUCAACAACGAUCGCGAAUUUGCCGUUGACACCGAAACCGCCGAAUUUCGUCGUCCAACUCAAGAGUUCAGAGCUCCAGCAUCUCCACAACUUCCACAGAAUCCACUGUUCGUCAAUGUUCAAAACUUGCUCGCCAGAACUUUCGGACAAUAA